AACGUGCAAGAAAAAAUCAAGUCUAGAGUCCUAUCUUUCCUGGGAAGCUGGGAUUUGAAGGAGCUGUUCUGCCAUCUAUGCAACUAUCUUGGGAGUGGAAGGGUGAAUGGAUAGACUGGGAAGAGACUGUACACACCAAGGAGGUGGCUCUCAUGGCGUGUAGUUGAUUAAGUCACUGUACAUGUGCCUUGUUGCCUAAGUCCAUGGGAAGCAUGAGUCUGUUGGGACUUGGGACAAGAAAACAAGACACCUUCACCAGGAAGACUAGACACUAAAAAAGCACCCCAGGCUCUGAAGAGAUCGAAAACAAACAUGACCGACAGUGGACUUAGAGAUCCUCCAGAGGAUUCUCAGAAGGAUUCGGAAAAUGAUCCAUCAGUAAAUUCUCAGGUGCCAGAGACCACAGUCACCACAGAUACUACUGAAGAAGCUCAUACCCCAAACCCUGCCGUUGGUCUUAACAAAGACCACCAAGAGAUAGAGGUAAUAGGUCCAGAAAAUGCAGAUACAGGUGAUAAAUCAGAAAGCCCAGAUGAAACAAAUUUGGGGACCUCUCCAGAUGAUGAAACAGAACAUGAGAACAACCAGUGUUCUCAGGAUGGAGAAGGGCAUCGCCUCUCUUCAGAAAGCCCAGGUGAAGAGCCCUGGAAUGCAGAUCCUGACCAUUCUCCAAGUGACAAGGAAGGAAGAGCAGAGGCACACUCAGGAAGCAGUUCUGCAGCCCUCCAUGAGGACGUGACUGACACAACCAGAGUGUCUCAGGAGCCACCCCCUGUAGAGUCCCAGGAGGCCCAGAGUCCUGAUCAUUCCAGGGUGGGGCUAGAGAGCCAGGCUUCACUGAGAAGACGACUGGCACCAGAGACUGGAUGUCAUCAACAAGAAGCUCAAAAAUUGGACGAACACAAAGACAAUACACAGGAUACCAUAGGAAACAAUAAUAAGAGUUUUUGGAGCUAUGGCUCCACCUUUCUUGGCUUCCUGGUUGUGGCCUUUAUGGUAAGUCUUGUUACUAGCUACUAUUCCUCUCCAGCCCAGCAAGUGCCCCAAAAUCCAGCUUUGGAGGCCUUCUUGGCUCAGUUCAGCCAAUUAAAGGAUAAAUUUCCAGGCCAGAGUUCCUUCCUGUGGCAGAGAGGACGCAAGUUCCUCCAGAAGCACCUCAAUGCUUCAAGCCCCACCGAACCAGCCACCGUCAUCUUCACUGCAGCUCGAGAGGGACGAGAGACCCUGAAGUGCCUGAGCCACCGUGUUGCAGAUGCCUACACCUCGUCCCAGAAAGUCCCUGCCAUUCGGAUCGAUGGGGCUGGAAGGACCUUGCAGGACAGCGACACGGUCAAGCUGCUGGUGGACAUGGAGCUGAGCAGUGGGUUUGAGAACGGCCAGAAGGCUGCUGUGGUACACCACUUUGAAUCCCUCCCUGCAGGCUCCACUUUGAUCUUCUACAAGUAUUGUGACCACGAGAAUGCUGCCUUUAAGGAUGUGGCCCUGGUCCUGACCGUUCUUCUAGAGGAGGAAAGGUUAGAAGCAAGUGUGAGCCCAAGGGAAACUGAAGAAAAAGUGAGGGAUUUACUCUGGGCCAAGUUUACCAACUCUCACACUCCCAGCUCCUUCAACCACAUGGACUCGGACAAACUGAGCGGGCUGUGGAGCCGCAUCUCCCACCUGGUGCUGCCGGUCCAGCCAGUGAGGAGCAUCGAAGAACAAGGCUGCCUGUUGUAGAGCUCAGCACGCAGCUGGUUAUGGAAGGCGCAGGGUUAUGGAAAAGGCCGUGUGAAGGCCCCCAUCUAUGUGGAAGCAGGUUGAUAAAUAAGAGGAAAUACUCUGAAAAGCACACAUGAGCUUAUUUUUUAAAAGAAGUUUUCUUUUUUCUUUUUAUAAAAUCUUUUAAAUGUAAACUUUGACAAAGCUAAAAAUUAACCUGUUUUUCUUUGCCUUUUCAACCAAAUCAGGUUUGAAAUAUAGCAUGAUCUAUAUAGGGAAAUUUUUUUAACCCUAAAAUUUAGCAACAGAAUCAUUGCACAGGGAUGUUUUUAUUUCUCAGAGUAACUGUUGAGUGAUUUUUGUCCUCUUGAGUGGGAAUGUAUAAAGAGUCUUUUGGACAGUGUUUGGACUUGGACUAAAGCAAUUACAAAGCAGUGAUAUUUUAAAAAAAUGUUUCUAUCACGUGUCAAAUAUUGUAAAAACUUAAUAGCCAGCUUAUGGGUUUAUAUCUUAUACUAAUUUGCACUUUUGAGUAGUAUGGACAAAGGAAAUAUGAAUUUGAACCCUCAGAUACUUACCUAAACACUUACUAUACAUAAGGCCCUGUGCUUUUAUUCCGUUAAUGGACUGAGGUAACAGCAGUUGUACUCAAAAAGUGUC